CUUCUUCAAACACACUUCCUCAUCUCUUCUUCACACGCAACUUCCUCUCCUCCGGCUUCUCUACUCUUUUAUUAUAUAUACGCACACCUUCAUUUCUUCUUUCUUCAACUUUAACACUCUUUCACAAAUCGACUAGUCUUGAAAAUUUUAAUAAUAAUAAUGGCGCUCGAAGCUCUUACUUCGCCAAGAUUAGCUUCUCCGAUUCCGACUCUGUUUCAAGAUUCUGCAGUUGGCUUCCAUGGUAGCAAAGGCAAGCGUUCUAAGCGAUCAAGAUCCGAAUUCGACCGCCACAGUAGUCUCACUGAGGAUGAAUAUAUCGCUUUAUGUCUCAUGCUCCUUGCUCGCGACGGAGAUCGAAACCGUGACCUUGACCUGCCUUCUUCUUCAUCGCCGCCUCUGCUUCCUCCUCCUACUCCGAUCCACAAGUGCAGCGUCUGCGACAAGGCGUUUUCUUCUUACCAGGCUCUUGGUGGACACAAGGCGAGUCACCGGAAAAACGUAUCCUUUACUCAAACCACCGGAGGAGAUGAGCAAUCGACUUCUUCGGCGAUAACCACCGUGAGUCACGGCAGCGGCGGAGGGAGUGUGAAAUCGCACGUUUGCUCGAUUUGUAACAAAUCCUUCGCCACUGGUCAAGCUCUCGGCGGCCAUAAACGGUGCCACUACGAAGGAAAGAACAACAACGGCGGAGGCGGCGGCGGCGGAAGCAGUAGCGUGUCGAAUUCUGAAAGCCACGUCAGCAGCAGCAGCCAUCAAAACCACCGUGGGUUUGACCUAAACAUCCCGCCGAUACCGGAAUUCUCGAUGGUCGACGGAGACGAAGAGGUGAUGAGUCCCAUGCCGGUGAAGAAACUCCGACUCGACUUGCAGUAGAAAGAAACUAUACUUAAAACAUUCAGAUUCUUGAUUUGUUUUGCUGUACAUACCAAUUUCGAUUUUGAUUUGAUUCCAAUUCUUGUUCUUCUUCUUCUUCUUCUUCUUCAUUGAAUCAAGAUUCUUUGUU